AUGGCGCUCGACGAGUACUACCACAACAAGAUCGAGUCGAUGAAGCUCGAGAUCCUCAAGGGUCAGGCUGCUUUGCGUCGUCUUGAAGCUCAGCGUAACGACUACAACUCUCGCGUCCGCUUAUUGAGGGAGGAACUGGGCCUCUUGCAGCAACCCGGAUCCUAUGUGGGUGAGGUUGUCAAGGUUAUGAGCACCAAGAAAGUCCUGGUCAAGGUCCACCCCGAGGGGAAAUACGUCGUCGAUGUGUCCGACAGCGUCGACAUCUCCAAGCUCACCCCCGGGAAGCGAGUGACCCUCCUCUCCGACUCCUACAAGCUUGAGAAGCUCCUCCCAUCGUCGGUCGACCCUCUCGUCUCCCUGAUGAUGGUAGAAAAGGUGCCCGACAGCACGUACGAUAUGAUUGGUGGUCUUGAUCAGCAGAUCAAGGAAAUCAAAGAGGUCAUCGAGCUUGGCCUGAAGCACCCAGAGCUGUUCGAGUCGCUGGGUAUCGCACAACCCAAGGGUGUCCUCCUGUACGGCCCCCCCGGUACCGGAAAGACCCUGCUGGCCAGAGCUGUCGCCCACCACACGCACUGCAAGUUCAUCAGGGUGUCGGGUUCCGAGCUAGUGCAAAAGUACAUCGGAGAGGGUAGCCGUAUGGUUCGAGAGCUGUUCGUCAUGGCCCGUGAGCAUGCCCCCUCCAUCAUCUUCAUGGACGAGAUCGACAGCAUUGGUUCCUCCCGAGUGGAGGGCUCGUCGGGCGGUGACUCGGAGGUCCAGCGAACCAUGCUGGAACUGCUGAACCAGCUGGACGGUUUCGAGCCCACCAAGAACAUCAAGGUCAUCAUGGCCACCAAUCGUCUCGACAUUCUGGAUCCCGCGCUGCUGCGUCCCGGUCGAAUCGACAGGAAAAUCGAGUUCCCCCCGCCAAGUGUCGAGGCCAGAGCCGAUAUUCUCCGCAUCCACAGCCGCAAGAUGAACCUUACCCGAGGUAUCAACCUGACGAAGAUUGCCGAGAAGAUGAAUGGGUGCUCUGGUGCCGAGCUGAAGGGUGUGUGCACAGAAGCUGGUAUGUACGCCCUGCGUGAGCGCAGAGUGCACGUCACGCAAGAGGAUUUUGAACUGGCUACUGCCAAGGUUCUCAACAAGCAUGAUGACAAGGAGGUUUCUCUCGGCAAGCUUUGGAAGUAA